AUGCCUCUUCUAUGGACCAACAAAAACAGGGUAACCCGAGUUUUCCAAAUCGUCGCCGAUCUUCAUUCAUCUAAACGCGCUUCUUCUUUCACUGUUCAGACCGGUUUCCCAACGUCCCUCAUCGAUCUUUUAAUCAAAAACCGUACCCGUUUCACAAAACCCAACUCCAGUAAACCGUUUCAAACCCAAACCUCUGAUCCACUGCCACCGGAGACACCCUGUUUUAACGAUUGCAAGGUUGAUUGCGCCGAACCGGAUCACACUGAGUCUCAGAAUUUAACUCAGUUGAUCACCGAUGAUGAAAACCUUCAUGUAAACGAUGAUGGGAUUUGUCGGAUUGGAAAAAGCAAUGAUGGGUCGGGUUCAAAAUUGGUACUUGGUAUUUUUCUGAUGAUGUUUGUAAUUAUCGCUUCAAUUGCGAGUUUUGAGAAACUCACUGUUGGAAUCACUGUUUCAGCAUUCGUGCUUUUGUUUCUUGAAUACGCAAUGAAGCAUAAGGUUGCUGUCAAUGAUUCCUUGUCAUUUGAGGAAAUUAAGGUUGUUGGUGUUUCUUCUGAAGACACUUCUUCGUAUGAUGGUGUUAAAUUAGAUUGUGUCAAGGAAGAUAAGAAAUUGGAUUGUUCUGGAAAAGUUUCUUUACAUGAAAAUAAAGUUAACAAUAGUGUUAAGUUUAAAUCUAUGUUGAAGAAACUUUUGGGUCAAAAGUUUCAACGUUCUUCAAGAAAAGAGGAAAAAGAAUGCAAAGUUGAAAAAGAUUUUGAAUUAAAAGAGGAGGUAGUAGUGGUAGAUAGUGGAAGUAAAUCACCGCUGUUGCUCAAUGUUAAACCAGAAGACAUGAGAGUGACUAGUGAAGUGAAGAGAGUAGGGAAUUCAGAUUACAUGAUUUUAUUUGGAAUUGCACUUGUUGGGCUUGUGUUGGGUCGUUUUCCAGCACUAGUACUUGCAAUGACAUGGUGUUUGAUGGUAAAGAUAGGUGCAGUACGAGGAAGAUCCAAGAAGUCUCUGAUCAAAUCUUAUGUUCCAAGUUCUUGA